GGUCAAGGGUUCACCUCGCUUGCACGCUGCUUCUUCCCUGGGUUUAGGGCCCGCCAGACCAGACCAGCAGCACCCGGUGCAGCCUGGCUUAGGUUCUGGGCACGUCCAGUAUCCACAGUAUCCACACAUACCCGACCAGUCAGCGAUCCCAUCAGCAACGCCCAAGCCCCAAGCCCGCUAGUCCUUCCAAUCACCGAGAAUCCGCUCCACCAGCCCGCCUCUCACUGGCCACCCAACCGUCUGUGGUCCUCCCCAGGCCAGCCAGGUCCUCUCCAGAGUCCCAGUCCCAGUCCCAGUCCCAGUCCCCCGUCAUUAUUCCUCCUCAGGCCACUCAGCUCCCUUCCCUUCCCUUCUCCUCUUCCUGUGACACUUCCCUUCACCUCCCCUCCGCUCCCAGGUAUCACUCGACCGAAACCCUCUUUUCUUGUCGUCUCUCCAACAUCUCAAUCCGACUCGAGACGUCGACGCUCGACAUCGACAUCGACAGCGACAUCACACUUCGUCAGCUCAGCUGUGAACUUGUGCGAAGACCGCGGGAAGGAAUAACUGGACCUGGGAUUGCUGCUGAUCUUUCGACACGAUCCACCGACUCGUCUUCCCCCGACUCGACCCAAACCCAGAGCACUGGCAACCGAACGACGCAGCCGCUCCCAGCCCAAGAAUUGACACGACCUCCCGACGUCGACAACGAUUAUCUUCAAGCACUCCAAACUUCCGGGACAUCAUCUGCCUCGUCAUUAUCUGAAGUCGACCUGGUUGCAUUAUUGCGAAACGUGGAGUCAACCUCGCAAUAUUUAGACCACCAGAACGGCAUCGACAGUUCUAUAAUCCUUUUCCAUCCAUUGAUCAAUUCCGAUAGACAAGAUGGCAUCCGUACCAUUGAGGAAACCGUCGACUCCUUUGACCGUCUCGACGACGACGAGAGUGACGAAGACUGGAAGGACAAUUAGAUAUGAUUUGACCGUAAUCCAGCAGCCAGAACGAGCAAGAGCAUGUGGUUCGGGAGCCAAAUCUUCUGCGGAUCGUCGCCCUGUUGAUCCUCCACCGGUCGUUGAGCUUCGCAUCUUUGAAAAGCUGGCCGAGAAAUGGGAUGAUAUCACAUUUGCAUAUGGUGCCAACUUCUUUCUCUUUGCUACUCUGGAAGUGGCUCGUCCUAUGGCUCAUGGGAGAGUCCAGCAACCCGCUGCUUCUCAGGUUCCCGUCUUGACAGGAAUGCCGGUGUCCGGAAUGGCCUACUUGGACCGUCCAGCGGAAGCAGGUUACUUCAUUUUCCCGGAUCUUUCUGUUCGCCACGAGGGGAUGUAUAUUCUUAGCUUCAACCUCUACGAAGAGACUAGACCGGAUUCCGAGCAGGACAUCAAAGACUCCAAGUCUAUGGGUGGUGUAAUGUCUCCGGAUGCUUCAUUUGAUUGGCGAUUGGAGAUCAAGUCGGAGCUGUUCACUGUCUUUAGUGCUAAGAAGUUCCCUGGUUUGGCUGAAAGUACCAGCCUUAGCCGAACUGUUGCUGAGCAAGGAUGCCGGGUGCGCAUUCGACGUGAUGUCCGUAUGAGACGUAGAGAAGGUAAAAGUAAUGGAGAGAUGGAAGCUCAAGAAGAGGAGUACCGCGCCAGUCGUCCGAUUGAGCAGGAUUCUUAUCAGGCACGCUCCAGGUCGAACAGUGCAGAGGGAUAUCGUUCUGGAGCCCAUUCUCCAAUUGCUCCUGCCGUUCCUGGCGCUCCACCGGGAGGCAAUCUGGGCUGGGUAGACGCACAACGACAACAAAAUGCGCCUCAAUUUGCCGUACCAGGCAAUUUUGCAGCACCUGCUCCGCAGCAAUAUCAUCCUCCCGCUCCUCAUAGUCACUAUCAACAAGCACCGCCUCAGCAUUCUGGAUAUGGACAGCAGCCUCCGCCAACACAUCCAGGGUAUGGAGAGAAGAUCUACCCCUCGUCUGCAGUGGAAAUGCGCCGCGACCGAGACAUGUAUGAGCAUCCAGAGGUCCGAAGAGCUUCUGCUGCCAGCUAUCAGCCACCUCAUCCUUAUCAGCAUGUUCCUGCUCCUCCGGUAGAUUCAAGCUACGGCCGUCAACCCUACCAGAGCUAUGCUCCAAGCCCAGUGAUACCCGCACAGCUACCGCCGUUGAGGCAAGAGAAUCUCGAGAAGCGUCACAGCAUUGCUCCUCGUCCAGGAGCAAUUGAACCAAGUAGCCUUGCUCCGAUACGCAGUCCGACUUACGAGAGAAACGAGCGUCCUAUUCCUGCCCCACUACAAUAUGCUGGAACACCACUUGCACCUGCACCGGCACCGCUCACUCCAGCAACCCCAACAGAGCCCAUGAGGAAUGGCAUCAAGAGACCUUACGGCAGUGUCUUCAGUUCAUCCGCAACUGAAGAGCCUCUUCACAAUGGCAUGCGUCCUGGUAGCUCGCAAGGUGAUAAGACAAAGAUUGAUGAGGACGAGGAUGAUAUAGAGCUUAUCGGCGGCAUGGUCUACAAACGUGCUGACGGAACCGACAACCAAAGACACCUGCCCCAAAUGAACUAGGCAUCCGCCAUGGCAAAUACCUGCCCGUUGCUAAAUUUCCUGGCGUUUGGGUUCAGGCGACUUGUGUUAUACUUAACGGCGUUUUACGGGCGGAGUUCCAUCACCUCUCAGCGCCCUCACGGGCCUUUCAUUCUCAAUAUCCAGCGGCACCAGCAUAUGUUCACGAAAUUACCCCUGAUUACUCAGGUCUUUGAGCCACGACACUAUACAACCAUGACAUUCAACUUUCUUUUUUACCUACUCGCCCUGUCAGAAUGGAGGCCGAAUCAGCAACCCGGCGGGCCCAGACUUCUUUCGUAAAAGCAUACGCAUCAUCUCAUCAACGACCGAAUUUUUCUUUUCCUUCGAAGAUUCACUUAGACACGGGUGGAUAGCGCUCCACCUUAUUGAUUCACCACACACUUAUUCGCGCACGUUUCUUAUGUUACUGCCUUGGGGUUUCUUAGUUGGCUGUGCACUUGCACGUUAGAUUCAAGAACGAAUCUACUGGAGACGUUGGGAGUUCGACUCGACUCUAGGGUGUGGGACUAGGCUGGGUUAACCAUUCUGUAAUUUAGGAGGAUGACUUUCUUGAAUGGAGAGAAACACCUAGGGAAAAGCCAAAUCCACCGUCUGGAAGGUCGUGUGUUACUGUUGUUAUUGUUGUUGUUUAGCUUGGUUUGUUUGAUGGAAUAUGAAUGGGAUGUAUGGGAACAGCUUUUGGAAUUGGAAUUGAAACAUGACAACUUGACAAAAACCCAA